GAGCUGACAGACACACCGAGUCCUGCUGCAAUCUCAGGUUUGACCUCAUAACGCCUGCCGAAGUCAGGGGCCACAGAGGCAUAUUGAAUAAAGUCACGUCGUCACUUCACGGGACAUCGGGGACAUACACAGACUGACGAUGGCUGAAGCCCAGCUGCUUAUAUCACAGGACGAGUUCAUCUGCUUGGUGUGUCUGGACACCCUGACUGAUCCCGUCACCAUCCCCUGUGGUCACAAUUUCUGCUUGAAGUGCCUCACCGACUACUGGGAUCAGAGCCAAGAGUACAGCUGUGCUCACUGCAGGAACACCUUGAUGCAGAGGCCUGAACUGAAGAGAAACACUCUGCUAAAUGAAGUCAUCAAGAAACUAAAGAAGACGACAAUCAGUCUUCCAUCUCAGAAUUAUGCCGGCCCUGGAGACGUGGAGUGUGACUUCUGUACUAGGAAGAAGUUCAGAGCAGAGAAGUCCUGUCUAACCUGCAUGGCCUCCUACUGUCAGACUCACCUGCAGCCUCACUAUGAAGGAGACGCCUGGAAGGGACAUAAGCUGGUUGAUCCUGAUAGAAAUCUGAAGGAGAAACUCUGUGAGAAACAUCAGAAAAGUUUGGAGAUGUUUUGUAAAACUGAUGAGAUGUGUAUCUGCUUGAUGUGUGGAAUGACCGAACAUGAAGGUCAUGAAAAGGUCGAGCUGGAAACGGAAAGAGAAGAAAAUGAGAAACAGCUGGGGGUGUCACUGAGUGACAUCAAGAGGAGACUUGAGGAGAGAGAGAAGACACUGAAGGAGAUGAGGAGGGCGAUGAAGGACAUGAAGAUAUCUGUGGAAAAAGAGAUGGGAGAAAACAAGAAGAGCUUCACUGCUCUGAUACGGUGCAUUGUGGAAGCCAACAGGAAACUGACUCAGAGGAUCAGAGAACAAGAAAAGAGAGAAAUUGAGAAAGCUGAAGAAGUCAUGAAGCAACUGGAGAAGGAGAUUGAGGAGCUGAAGAGGAGAGAAGCUGAGCUGAAGGAGCUUUCAGAGACCAAGGACCAUCUCCACUUCCUACAGACUUUCUCGUCUCGCUCUGUCCUUCCUGCUGAUGGAGACUUGCUGAGCUUCACUGUUACUGCUGAUUUCUCAUUUGAGGACCUGAGAAAGGAGCUGUCAGAUCUGACAAAGAGUCUGGAGUGGAUCAGCCAGGGGGAUAUCAUGACAUGGACUCCAUCAGCUCAUGAAGCUCCAGUUUUCACCCUCCAGCCUCCUGAACCUCAGAGCAGAGACGACUUUUUAAAAUACUUCUGUCCCCUCACACUAGACAUCAACACGGCACACAGACGACUCCAUCUGUAUGAAGGGGACAAGAAGGUGACACGUGAGAGGACAGAAGCUGAAUAUCCUGGUCAUCCUGACAGAUUUGAUUACUGGCCUCAAGUUCUGUGCAGAGAGGCUCUUACUGGGACUCGCUGUUACUGGGAGGUGGAGGUCAGUGGAGGUGAACUGGUGAUUGGAGUCGCAUAUAAAGGACUGGGCAGGAAAGGAAAGGGCAAGGAGUGCAGCCUUGGAAACAACGACAAGUCCUGGAGUUUGGUGUGGUCUCUUUCUCAGUACUUUGUGUGUCACAAUAAUAAGAGGACUGUAAUCAGUGCCCCCUACAGCCCCAGAAUAGGUGUGUAUCUGGACUGGCCUGCUGGCUCUCUGUCAUUUUAUAGCGUCUCGCACACAAUGACCCUCCUGCACAGGUUCAACACCUCCUUCACUGAGCCCCUCUAUCCAGGGCUUUAUCUUGGUCUUCACUCCAGUGUAAAAAUCAGUCAUCUAACACCACGUGACCACUGACAAGUACCCUCCACCGGUCACAUGAUAUCCCCACAUAUUGGGUCUGACUAGCCAAUCAGGUGUGUGUGUCAUAAUGAGGGGCGGUGACACCUCAGACCCACAAAUACCAGUCUGACCAGCAGAGGUCACUGUUGAUUCACAGGCACAUGUCCUGCAGGCUGACACCCUAACAAUUGCUGUGUCCUCUGAGUGUCACUGAAUGUCACCUCUUAGUCAGUCUAUAUAGCGCCUUUCAGUAGUGCUGCUCCAGCAGGACCACAUGCCUGUCUCAGUAUCCAGAGCCUCAUUCCAGUGACUAUUUAGGAGCAUAGAGUGACAGAAGUGACAGGAGUGCUGGCCUCUGAACAGACAUUGUCUGCCACUCUAUUAGUUACUCAGGUGGUCUGUCACCUCUGAAUGAAUUCACUUUGAAUGUCUAAAGACGAGGACUCACCACUCAGUCACAUGUCGGCCAUACUGAUGAGAGUUUGGUGUUUACUGAGUCACUUGGUGUCACCUUAGAUAUUAAACUGCACCUCCUCCUUGUUCUUUCCACUGUCACCCAACCUCAAGGAGACGAGUCAGCUGAUUGACUUCACCAUCACUGUCGGUGUUCAAAGUGACAAUCAGAUGUGACACCUGGGGACAAUUUUAUCUUUCCACUCACUCACACAUUCCCAGGAUUAAUUUACAAUUCCUUCAGGACCCCUCAAGGAGCGGCGUGUCACCUGAUAUCAGUCUGUGUGAAGAAGCCAAUGAAGGCCCAGGCUGACAGCCCCAACCCCAUGGUGUAUUACAGGCCUCACCAGCAGAUGGCGACUAUGACUUCUAAAUCUGUCAUUUCAUGGAGGCUGAGUGGUUAAAAGGAAAAGCAGAAGGUGAAAAAAGAGUGAGGGGUGGGGAUGAUAGAGAAGAGUGUCAGGGUGAUAAAGGGUAAGAUGAGUGACCUGAGACAGACUGAGUCAGACGAGUGUGUCAUUUGUGGGUUUGUUUUGUUGUCACUUAAAUAAAUAAAGAGCUGAGUUUUGUUCCUCCCGGUU